GAAAAGCUCAUUUCACUUAUUGAAAAUAAAGUUUCCUUACUUGUUUACCAAUCAACUAGAGCAGGUACAGAUACUGUGUUAAAAACCCUGCUAAAUAUGUUAUUUACUCUAUUUUGUUGUGUUAGCUGACUGAGGUUUGAUAUUGCCACCUUUUAUACUGGAACUUCGUUACAUUCUCUUGAACACCCCUUCAAAAAGGAAAUGAGUGGGCCAGGAGACAUUUUUGCAUAGGGACUUUCAUAUUAUAUUCCACACUUAACUCAUGAAUUUAAAUUAUAAUACUCAUGACUCAGUAAUUAACCUAUUCUUCCCUGAACCUUCUGGCAAAAACCCAGAGCAAAUGGGUUAAGGGCUGUGUACCCUGCUACGCCAUAAUGUGGUUGAGCAUAAAUGUGUGUUUGGCAUCAGUUAACCAAAAAAGAGUUGCAGAUCAAGGAUAUUAAAAUGUUGUGGAAGGAACGUGCAGGCCUAAAUUAUGCCAAUGAGAUUAUCUUUUUAGUGUAAAUAAAAGCUGUUAUCGCGACACUUAUUUUUCAGGUGGUGUUGAAAGGUACUUAUCCAAAACAGAGUGUAAUUUUUCAGGUAUAAGAAUUAAAUUAUUGAUUUAAUUUCCUUAAAAUGAAAUAUUUUAUGACAUAAAAUACAAUGCCUUUUGUAACAGGUAACCCUGUUAACAGCUGUCAUUUUCAACGUUGUCUUCUUUCCUGGAAUAUAAUACCAAGAUGUUAGCAAUCUCUGUUUGACUCAAUGAUUUUUAACCAACAUUUUGUAGAGAUAACAAAUUAAGCUGAGCCACUGACCUCUACAAGUUUGACUGAAUAAUUUUUACCCAACUUGGACCAAGGAGCAAGCAUAGCACAGUUGGUUAGUGUGUGCCCUUCGGUGCGAGAGGUCCCAAUUUAGAUCCCCGGUGACAUCACAUCCUUGUUUCAACUUCUCUUCUUUCUGUGUUAAGCUUUAACUAGUUUUUAAAUACCCUUAACAUGGAGCAUUGAUGGAGGGAGGGGGUAAAAUGAGCGCACCGCCGACCUUAAAUUUUCAGUUGAAUUACUGUCACGAGUUAUUGACAUAAAAUAUGGUUACAUUACCUAAAUUUUUUAUUACUUUUACUGUUUUUUUUCUGGUGCAAAAUUGACUCAUAAAAUUGCCUUUCUCUAAUAGGAUCCUUGUGCUUCCCAUGUUGCAGUUCUCAUAAGGUAGCUAUUAUGCUGCUUUUCAUUGAUGUCUAGCAUGGUACAUGGUUAAUUAAAUAUAUUGAUAUAAGAUAAUGUGUUUAUGCCAGUUGAGGGUACCUCACAACUAAACAUAUCAAAGAAUGAUCCCAAAUUUUAAGGAAAAUGAAAGGCUUGCGUACUCUAUGUUGAAGCAUACAAACAAAAAGUGAGUUUUGAAAAACUGUGUUUAUGCUGUUGAUUUUGUUUUAAAUUAAACUUGUUAAAGUGCGGUAAAUAUUUAUAGCCUAUUUCAGAACUUCGAUUAUUAUAACAAUAUGAUCUUGUACAUACUUUUUGCCUAGCAAAUUUCAAUGUUCUUUUUAGCUCAAUCUCUGUGUUAACUCAAGACAAUUUUGCAAGUGCUCAACAGCUGAAAAUGCCCUCAAACUUGCUUAUGGUAAGCAUUUAUAAAAGAUCUGAAUUGAUUAAAUUUACUUUAUAAAAGGUUGUCAAUCUGUAUAAUGUUUGAACUCCAUAUUGCUGAAAUUACAUGACAUUAACUUAGAGAUAUCAGAGCUGACAUGUAGGGCUGGGGAAUAAGAUUCCCCACCCUCCCUCCCAGAGUUGAAUGUGCAGGUGCUGGUACAUUUAAGGGUGCUUUCCAUUGGGAUGAUCUGGAUCAGGAUCAGUGAUCUAAGAUCACCCAGAUCAUUUUACAUCAAAUGAGCCAAUGAAUCUUUUCCCAAGCUAGGGUGGAUUCAUCAUGCCAGUUCCUUUAAGGAACCAUCUGAUACAAGAUCAUCCCAAUGGAAUGCACCCUAAAGGUGUUAGGAUCAGGGUUCAUGGGGUUCAAGUUGCAGAAUCUUUGGUCACACCUACACACCUGUAAAUGAAACACUCUGAAAUAUUUUCCUGGGCCCAGUUGUUCAAACAUUGGAUAGCUCUAUCCACUGGAUAAAUCACUAUCCAUUGGAUGAGUAUAAGGGAAACCAAUUGUGCUAUCCAUUGGAUAGAGAUUUAUCCAGUGGAUAGCGUUAUCCACCUUUUGAACAACUGGGGCCUGGUUCUUAGAAGAAUAAGCCUCAGCUACCCUAUUAGAAAAACAAUACAGUGACUAAAGUUCAUAUUACUAAUUUACUCUUUUACUUCCCCAAGCUACUACAAUCCUGCCUGAUAUCUUAAACUGUUAACAAAACAUGUUUGCAACCUUUUCCUCCUUAGCAAUCUGAAGCAUUUGUGAAGUCUGUGGUAUUUUCUGCAUCAAACCUCGUUGUCCUCUUGGAAUCAGGCAGGGUCUUUGUGUUUAAUGGAACAACACAAACUUGGGGAAAUCCAUCUGGUGAGUUCUGUUAACUGGUGCUUGUAAGCUUAUUAAGACUCUCCUAAGAAAUAAAAUUUGUAACGAUUGCUGUUGAUGAAACAAUUGACUGUCUUGGAGAUUAAACUGACGAUCACAUUGUCAUUGCGAUAAACUUUGACAAUACAAGUUGCACAAUGAAGACAAAGAAAUCUGCAAAAAGUGUGCUGCACGUUCAGUCUUUUCGUUUUCCUUAUAAAAGCUCUUGUUUUUUAUAUUAUUAUUUUCUUGUUUCCAUCGAUCAUCAAUGUCAUAGCAGCUCAAGCUCACUUAUAGCAUUAUCUUAAAAAACAAUUCUUGAAAUGCGACAAUUUGAUUGAAAACGCGCAACAAAAGUGACGUCCUCGGGUACCCAUUGAGAGUCUUCUUAUUGAAAGACAGUUUUUCCCCUUCCACUUUUAAACUUUUGAGGCUGUGGAUGCCCCGAAUCCCCUGGUGUUGCCGUUCAAAUAAAACCUUUUCGUAGUCAGUCUCACUGUGCGUUUUGUAAUCCUUUACAAACAAGUUCUGUGUUUCGAGUGCAUGGAUGAAAUCCUGUAGUGUGACCAUUCAAAUGAAAUCUCAUCUUACGUAUGGUUACAUUCGCUUGGUACUAUCAAUUAGCUGUAUAAACAGAUUCUGAAUUCUUGAGUCUGUAAACAAAAUCUUGUUAGUGUGACCAUUGCUUGGUAUCAUCAGUUUAGCUUUGGGUAAAUGCUUUAUAUUGCCAUGCAACGUAAUUACUUUUACUAUUUCAUCUCUGCGCAGGUUUACCUCAGAGGGGCCUCAAUGGAGUGGCAUCACAGAAAAAAUGCUUGGAAGAUUCAAAGAACGUGGUAACACAAUUCUUGUUGUUUUUAAGCGUAGAAGUAACAAACAAAAUGGUAAUUAGUUUUCUCUUAUUUUACAGAUUAUGACUGGUGUUGUUUUAGGGUGGACAAAUGAGGUAUUAUCUUUCCUUCUAACUGCUUAUCGUAUUGUAUAUCUCGUCUUCAACCGCAUGUCAGGGACGAUCUCUGCCAAGCUAGUUUUCAAACUUCUGUUCGCCCAAUAACUCAGUUAGAGACCCUUGCUAUGCAGGAUUAAAACAUUCCAUUUGUUUCUUUUUCACGUCUCUUUCUCUUUUCCCAUUUAUUUAUCUUAUUAUUCUUACUUACAGAGUGCUGACUUUGUUAUUUACAUGUCAAAAGACAGUGGAUUAUCAUUCCAGUAUCUUCCAAUCCAAGGCCUGGGUGUCACUGUCACAUCUGUAUGUAACCAGUUUUAAUCUUUCUGCAUUUUUAACUUACGUUUCUUGAGAAAAAUAUUCAUCUGAUAAUUCCCUCAGGAAAGCUUCAGAUUCACCUUACUUGUUUGGCGUUAUUUUCCAAAUUUGAAUUGCAGUACAUCAAACAGUUUUCACCAUUUGAUAAAAACUAGCAACUGGUUUUUUUCUAAGGAUCUCUGCGAAGAAUAUUGUUUACUUAAACUGUACUUCACACCACGCAGAUUGUCAGACCAGAAAAAAAAUCAGCAAAGUGCAGGGAAAUGCAAGAGUUAUAAAAGAAAAUCGUUUUUGUUUUUACUUUAGCGUUGUCUUUUAUGUUGAGGCUAAAUGUGAAACUGUUUGGACAAGUACCCUACAUCAAGGAUCUGGGAGGACAUGAGCCUUUUACUUCUUUCUUUAGUUUAUUACUUAUAGAGUUCAUAGUCUCUUAGAACAUACCGUACAAUUCCGAAAAUAAGCCCCGGGGCUUAUAUUUUUCAAAGGCCCUUUUUGAGGGGCUUAUUUUUGGAGGGGCCUAUAUUCGGAGGGGAUUAUGUACGGAGGGAAAUGUGGGUUAUAAAAUCGGUUGGGCUAGCUUGUAGUGAAAAGGAAAUUUAACAUUUUUGCUUUGUUUUACCUUGCAUUCGAGGGCAAAUUCCAAGUACAAGUCCCCCGGGGGCUUAUUUUCGGAGGGGCGAUUUAACGGAGGGUUUUUUGCGUUACGAUUUUGGGGGGCUUAUAUUUGGAGGGGCUUAUAAAUGGAGGGGCUUAUUUUCGGAAAUUUACGGUAACUUGGUUAUUUCUUCUCUCAAUUAGGUAGCACAUGUUGAAAUACAUUGCUUGUUUCCGAUUGUAACCUUUCUUGUCAAUGCAACAACCUACAGCAACCAACAUAAGGUAAAGAUAAUAAGCACAGCCGCAUUGUGGUUUGACUUCUGAAUAGUACAGGGUUCUCCACCACCUUUAGAAGUAGAAGGAGCAGAAAAGUAAGCAGGUUGCAAUGGGUUAGAUCUAAAGACGAGCGCCUUUUUGCCUUUUUGUAGGGGAUGGGAUACGCCUCUUUUCCGUCGGGCCAUUCCCUGGAAAAUGUUAGUUUUGGGGACCCUGAAACACUUUCCAGCGCUUCGAAAAUGACAAGACAACGAUAUUUGCUUGUCGCUGAAGCUUCCAGAGAGCCAUACAUUAGCAUUUUCUUACUGUGUGAAUAUGUGUACCAGCAAUAACAGAUCAUAAGAGUUAAGGAAACGAACCUCCUUAGUUACGGUACUGUAGUAGUGAAAGGGUUAACAUAAACAUUGAAGGCAAAAAAUAGCUUCUCAAGCCUGAAAAGGUGACAAGACUCUGAGAAAGAGGUCCUUUACGCUUCUCGAAACGUGUUUAUACUUGUGAAGUAAUUUAUUUAAUACUUGUUUCUUUUGUUUCUUGCAGAUGUUGUUUAUUCAGUAUUCUUUUUUAGAUGAUGCAUGGGAGGAAAAGGGGUUUCAACUGUCUGAUUUUAUUCAUGGUAUGUGAGCGACAAAAUAUUCAGGUCAUAUGACUUGUUUUAAUUGGGCAGCAGUAGAAUCAAUAUCGAAGUCAAGUGAAGAUCAUCGCAGUGAAAUACGCAACUUAUGCAUUUACGAAAGGAAAGCCUGAAAAAGCUGUUUAGGCUUGCCAGAAUUCGAACCCUGAGCUCUGCGAUACCGGUGUAGUGCUCUAACCAUAAUUGCCAUUGUCCUCGUAGCACACGGUGUUAAUGCGUAACCUUCUGAGCAAAGGUUCGAUACCUGCCAUCGCCCAUUUUUUUCUACGAAUUCAAUACAUUCUUUUAUUCGGGCUUUUCUUCUCGCAACUGUAUAAGUUGCGUAUUUCACUGCGAUGAUCCUCUUUUCAUUUAUUUCUUCUUUGGGUUGGUUUACGUAAGUGAAAUUCAUAUUUUCGUCAUUUACAUUUCAAAACCAAUAUUUCUUUACACAAGAUCGGUUUAUGUGAUGGAUGCUUCCAAGUUACUCUGUUAACUAAUUCUUUUCUUUGUGAAAGGAACCAUGACAUGAUAUCAGAGCUGUUCCUGGUUUUAAGCCCCAUAACUGCCCAAAAACGCAAUGAAGGCAGCUCUUUUGAAAUACAAAGUUUUUUAAUCGACUUGCACUUCAGUGCUCCGCUGCACGAUGGUAACAAACCUAUUCUCCGCAGUAUCUUCUCCUCAGACCUUACUUUGAGUGACGUCAAAAACAUGUCGACUUAAUGGGCCCUUUGAAGCGAGACAUUCACGUGGCAUAAAUUCGCCCUGCUCGAGCGCAAGAGCCGCACGGGAACAAGACAAACAAAGGAAACAACCAUUUGAAAUGAUUUAAGUCUUUUGUCUGUCUUGUCCCAGCGUGUCCCUUAGUAGUAUAGGGCGCACGGAAUGAACCCCUUUUUGAUGUGGAAUCACAUUAGUCUGAGAUGGAAGACAUCACUUCUGAUGAGUAGAAAUAGCACAUCAUCUUAUCUUAAUGAGAUUCCACGGCAUUUUGUUCAUGAAUUAAAGACAGUGGCUGUGACGUCAUCUAUCUAAAACCUGUCAAACCGUUAAAUCACUUAAACAUAGCACAUCAUCUUACAUCUUAUUUUAAUGGGAUUCCACCACAUGACGUCUGUGCUAGAUAGUAAUAAGAUUUAUUUUUAAAAAGUGGUUAAUUCAGUGCACUGUAUACUACUUCCCUCACUCUCCUCCUGCAUGGCAGUUUUGUAUCACGUGAAUGACUAGCUGCAAAGGGCUUUUUAGCCUAUUCUUAGCAAAUAGACACCUAGGAAAGCUUUUUUUUACUUUUUUUACCAGAACAUACAACACGGUUAUUGAAGGAUAUUGAGCCCUCUCCCGAUCGCCGAAUGAUAAAACCUCUAGCAUUUGAUAACUAGUUUCCGCCCCUGACUACGACAUUUUCGCUUAAGCCCUUCGUACAGCUACCCGGUAGAAUGUCGACGGCUUUCACGUUUUCUCGCCAAAAUGACGCUGGUUCACGCGCGAGAACUUAGUAUUGGGAAAAUCUCGUUCUUGUAGUCGUCCCUGUCUUAGUAUCUAAAGGUCUAUGCUAUUCAGAACAGCGCCCACCCAGAAAGUCAUAUCCUACCUUCUCAUUACCGACGCAACUAUGCGGCGCAAUGUCUCUCCAUCAGUUUUCAAAACAAGUCAUAGGCCUAGGGCAAACGUCGAACUUUUCAUGAGUUUAGUUCAUGAAAAGUUUAACGUCUUACUCAGUUAAGUUCCUCUGAAUGUGUUUGGAUCGUCCAACACGUUCUAUCCGUCUGAACGUCUGAAGAUCAUCUCCAGGACAAACGUCGAUCUUCAUAUGUGACGAACUAAACUAAUAAAUUUAAAAAGAAUUGUGCCCGCUUUUUCAACAGGGCCGCCUGUUUCUUUCACUUUUGCUCCACCGAGUAGUCAGUUUGUGGUUAUUUGGAGCCAGAAAACGAUAGCAUUUGGAAGACUGGACGAAACAGGUAUAUAUGUAACAAAAAUAUUUCAUAAAUGGUAGGAUUUGACAUAGCAACAAGGACGGCGACGGCUGAGAAAACGUCUCUUAAAAGUUAAUUCGCACUGUUUCUGAAAGCUCAUCGCGUUAUUCCAUCUCGUUCAAUUUAUCAAAAUUUGGCAAAUUCUUCUAGAGUUGAAUUCUGUAAGACUGUAUCGAAGUUCAAGGAAAGAAAUAGAAAGAUGUUGUCUUGUGUUCACGUUUCCUUAAAGCGUGAAUUUAGACACUUUUAUGUGCUGAAGGCAAAGAGAUGUGCAAAAAAGCGUGAUGCACAUGCAGAGUUGUUGUUUUGCUAAUCUAAAAUUACUGCUUUUUUGCCUUUCUCGGUGCCUUCGCUGUCGCCGUCGUCGUUGCUAAUUAUAAAGCUCCCUAUUAAAACUCUAUUGACGCUUGCAAGAGAAAGAAUUUUUUCAUUAUUUGCAGGCUUCUUUUUCAAGGUGAAAGGCCACGGAAAUCUCACCGAUUUCACGCUUGAUAACAAUGAAACUAUAAAGUCUGUAAUACCAGGUGAGAUAAUUUUUUUGUGAUUCCACAGGGAUCAAAAUAACGGCCGUUCAACGGCCAAUGUCCUACCAGAAUGGCGAAUUGAGCGGCCAAAAACUCGCAGGUUAUUAUAGCCGGUCACGCAUGCACACUCUCAUUCUUUAAUAACCAAGAGUGGUACGGUUGGUUAAUGCGCUGCCUUCGGUGGCCGAGGUCCUGAGUUCGAUCCCCUGUGAUAUCGCAUCCUUUUUUCAACUUCUGUGUGGCUUUGAAUAGCUUUAGCGCCUGUUUACAUGGAGGUGGGGGACCCCAGAUAGGUGAGGUAACAUGUGGUGGGUCACUCCACCUAUCAUGUAAACGUGAUCAAACUAAAAUGAGAGAUUAUAUGGACAGGCGGGUUACCUCACCUACCUGGGGUCCCCCACCUCCAUGUAAACAGGCCCUUAAAUACCCUUAAAUCGGAGCAUUGAUAGAGAUGGGGGGUGGGGGGAGGGUAAGAUGAGCGCACUGUCGACCUCAAGUUUAUAAGUUAUUGCUGUCACGAGUUAUCGACGUAAAAUAUUGUUCCCUUACAACAGUACCUUUUUACCUUUCAUACAGCAGUUUUCAUCCGUCGAGUUGUAUUUUUGCUGUUCUUGCCGUGGUCUUAGACCCACCGGUUGACCUGCACCGUUCUAAACCUCUUAUUUCGUUGGUCCCUAUAACCUGCACUACCUUUUGUUUUCAGGGAUAAGGGCAUUGUUAUGUCACAAUCCUUGUUUUUCCCAGUCAAUCACAAACAAUCUUUCAAAUAAGUGCAGAUCGCCCCUCUUAGACAUCAGUUGGACUACUUCUUUGCAAAACGUGUGAAAUUUUACGCCAUUUUCUCUUGCUUUAGCAAAACAGAUAGAAACAGCUGAGCUAACGCAACCUCGUCUCCAGAGCUUCUAGGUUUGCAGCGUCGUUAUCCUGCGCAUUGAAGUCAUUUUACCGGAUAUCGCAGACGUCUUGCAAGUCUGGUCAACGCUAGCUAGUUAUGAAGAAAUAGCCAGGGGAUUUGAGCCAAUCAGAAAUGGAGAAAUAUUUUUAAUGAAUAACAACACACGAUUCCUUGAUUCGCUCUGGCGAGGAGCUAACUCGCGCAACAUCAGCUUUAUAUUUUUUACGGUGUUGAAUUGCUCCUUCAGUAACCAACUCAGUUGACAAAACCAAAUUUUCAUAAUAGACUGGAGUCAGUUUGAUAAAAAUGUCCGAAUCGAGUGGUUCCACUUUGGUUAAUUUUGAAGCAACUGACUUCUCCCUGGCUUGUGUGAUCGCCCAUUUAUCACAACUUUUUUAUUAUGACUCUCAGGAGGAAAUGGUGAGUUCGCUGUUCAUCUGUCGAACAACUGGAUAUUUUAUGGAAAAGCGUUCAUUCAACAUAUGGUUGAGGUAAAUCUGAUAAAAUUUAUAACUAUCAAACAGAAAAUCCCGAGCCCCGUUGCUGUUGAUUGAGGCGAGCUAGAAAACUGCACCUUAGCGAUGAUAACUGAACUCGUAGCCCUAAAGUCAAGAUAUUGUAUAACUUUAAGGUAGUCUUUCUCCUUUCCUCCUUCUUAGAAUAAGUGAUUUUCAGCCUUUUCCCAGUAUUUAUUGUGAACAAGUGUUCUUGCUUCUCCCUUCCUCUCUCAGGAAGCAGCGUGGCCGAGUGGUUAGAGCGCCGGACUGCAAUUUGGAGGCCCCGAGUUCGCUAGCUGGAUUUGUUCACGGGCGUCUCGUGUUCAAAUCCUCGGCCAUCCUUGUAAAUAGCCAGCUGGUUUGCCUCCGGCUAGUAUAGUUGGGAUUCUUAACCCUGUUAAGUUCAAUUUGAAUUAUUUGUUUCAGACAUUUGCUCAGUCCCACAAGCGUUAGUGCUAUGAAUACUGCCGAAGAUAAAUAACGGAAUUGUUAUUAUUAUUAAAAUUCAAUUGACUUAGGUAUUUGCUGAAGAAGAUCCCUCUUCAACGAUGUCAAUUAUGUUUGAUGUUUUUGGCUCCUUACUGGUUAUCACCAAUAACAAGUACGUUUUUACUGCCCACUAGUACAAUGGUUGCUUUGACCAUGAACACCAUUCAAGAAAGCUUUGAUUUAGACGUCGUGUGCGAGGAAUAAAACUGAAUUAUCGAGGCUUUAAGAACAGAAGAAUCUGCCAGAAAUCAGACUGCAUGCCUACCAUCAGCAUCCAAGAGAAAUGUUAUCAUAGAGGAAAGAUAGGACUGGAUGGAAUUUGGAUUGUAUCAAGAUAAGGACCCCCCCCCCCCCCCCCCCCCCCACAUGAGAACGUGGGUAAAAAAUGGAAGGCAUUGGUCGGGGGAAUGUGCUACAACCCGUGACCCCACAGCGGGUACACUGAAUCAUUUAUUAACAACCAAAAAAACACCUUAACGCCUCACCAAGGGGUGUUUGUAGGUGCAUGCCAGUGAGAUCGGCAGUAUCAUGUUUUUUUUUUUUUAAAUAACCGGCCACCCCCCAAAUCUCCCCCCUUUCCCCCCACGGGGCUCUCCCGAAUCAAAAAAAAAUGUUUACAAAAAGGAAAAAAAGGACCGGAGGGAAUUUGGAUUGGAACAAAAAAAAGACCCCCCCCCCCCCUCCCCCGAUAAUAGGAACCUGGUUAUAACAAUGGAGAUUAUUGGUCGGGAUCUUUACAUACUCACAGUUCCCACAGCGAGGCUAUAUGAAAUCUUACAUUAACAAACAUGAACUACUUUUAGACCUUACCAGUGGUAUUCUUGCCACAAAUUACCAUGACUGUCACUUAAAGUUUCUUCAGGAGUGGGGAACAAACCGCAACUGGAAGGUCGACCGUGAAUCCCACCGCGGGAAGGAUGAAUUACAAUAAAAUAAAUCUCAUGAUAACAUUGCUCUGUUUUUCUUUAUCAUUUCAGUGGAACAGUUCACACAAGAAAGCUACCUUUGGGGAAUGAAAUCUUGAAUGCUCUCUACCCACAUACAACAUGUCCGGUUAGGAGUCGUCUGCGUAAUUUUUUGUAUAAUAAGCUCUUUCCGAGUUCUAGAAACUCUCACUUUCAAGACGAGGUUAAAUAAAAAACCUUUUCUUGUGAAAAUGAGUUUUAUUUUUGUGAGAAAAAAAAUCCUAUUCUUAUCAAUAACUUCGAAUUCAGCCUUGCUUUGAAACAGAGGCUUCGAGCAACUCGAAAAUGGCCAAUAGUUGCAGUCACGGCUGUAUGCAAAUGAAAAUUGGUUGUGGUGUGCGGUCUUAUCAGAUAGUUAACCAGGAGUGUUGAUUUACGACUUUUUUUAUUGUAGCUUAUUAAGCCAUAUGGGUACUAAUAGGCGAAUCUUUGCUGAUGUCAUUGUUUACGUUUUUCCUUAUUGGCAUACGACUUAACUCGUAGAAGUUGUGGCCAUAUAUACUGACGAAAUUCAAUAAUUAAGAGCUGAUUAACUUGAGCAAUUCGAACAAUUUUUAGCAAGCAAUAUUGAAGGUAAUAUCAGCCAUCAAAAACUGCGAAAUUACUGGGUGGCAAAAAAGUUAAUGAGCCAUACUUUCAUCGUAAAAUUUCGAGUUUUAUUAGCUUCAUCAGAUAAAGAUGAGCAUUUGUUAAUGAGGCAAAAAAUGUGGUCAAAGAUUCGCCUGAGCUAACCGACGUUAGUGCGGACGCUUCUAAUGUUGAUUUUUUUACUGGCACUAAGAAGACAUUCUUAUUUUUUGUAUUACCAUUACUGAUGUAUGACUUACAUUUAAGUAUCAUUCAGCUGCUAUGCAGACGAUCGUAACAGUACCUUCAACUUCCGCUUAUAACUCUUAGGCUUGGACAUCUUCGUAGGGGCUUUUAGGAGGGUUUAUUAACGGAGGGGCUUAUAUCCGAAAUAGAACCGACGCCGAAUAUGACUUUUUAUUAGGGUUUCCCAAUGGAUUACAACUUCAUUUAUCUGUCUCAAAAUUUUCUUGCAGUUUCUAAAGUUUACGACCAGCGCCAGACCGGAAUUGCACUUCAUCGACAAAGGAAAUGAACUGAAGGUUUGCUCUUAAGUCUACAUGCCAUGCGAUAAUAAAACCUAGCAACAUGUGAAUUUUCAACGCCUACUUAGUGCAAGAGAGUUUUUGGGAGUAAUUCAUGGACGAAGUGGAAUACAUAUUGAUAAACGGAUUCCUUUAUAUAGUGGAGUGGGGAAAAGAUUAGCGAUACAUAAUACUGAUAUGUGUUGUAUUUCGAAUGUGGCCGCUUAAGGCUGUAUUCUGAUUGAAACAUGCUUUUACAGCAAACUUUAUGCAACACUGGUCAAUUUGUAUUUUUUAAUAAUUCCCUUUCCCGUAGUAUAAUUUCGUUGUGUUUUCUUUCAACCAAACAAAGAUAAUUAGUAAAAAACAUUGGUGACAUCUUUCUUUUAUUUUACCAUUGUCCUGAGGAAAAAAAAUGAACGGUCUCUCUUAGCUAGACAGCCUUAAUUUGCCUUCAAUUGCCUUGUCUGACUCUGUUAUCGUUGGUUCUGUUUUCAGGUAUGGGCCCUUCUGAUUCAGUCAAGGGUCACACCUAAUGACAUCAGAGUAAGUCAGUGUUUCGACAUAACGGACUUUUAUCAGUCCCUAAUCCCCUCUUUUUAAUCGCGUCAUUAGGCCGUUGAUAUCUAAAUCGAAGAAGUCAAUGUCAAAUCCUGUUAGCUGGCAACUGGGCGGAGCGUCCCCGUACAAAACAGUGCUGAUUUCCCCCCCUUCACACCCGGGGUUUCAAAACGCCGUUUCCUUGAUUAACACUACUUUAUGUUGUUGCAGCUUGAAAUUUCAAGUAGCGAUGUUCUAAGAAUCGAAACUGAAGACAUCAUGGAACAUUAUCCUGGCAUUGUUACACUUAACAAGGUAUUUUUACUGAUGGAUAAACUUUUUCAACCCCUCUCAAACAUUUUUCCUACACAUUUAAAGAGUUGUUCAAUCUUGUUGCUCCUUCCUUUCCUCGCGUCUUGCGGCUUCACCACCAGCCUACACUGAGCCUAGCUUGCCUGAACGAAGUUCAUAAGUGGAAGAGGAAGGGAGAAUUCGGGUGCACGAAAACGCGAAGGGUGCGCGCUAACCCACGCGAGCCCGAAUUCCUCCUUCGGGCACCUUCCACGCGGGCUAGCAUUCACCUCUCUCAUCUUGUGGUUACACGUACCCCUUCAGUCGAACUCAGGAAAGAAGAACAAGUCCCAGUUCAAACUUCGAACUUUCAUGUACCGAACUUAAAACAUAGUUAUGUUCUCUCUAAUGACACAAGGUGGACGGUUGAUUCAGACGUCGAAGUUAAUUAGUCAGACUCAAUUCAUUUUCACGAUGUUCAAUGGUCCACAUUUCUUAACAGUCAAAGUAAGUUAUAGGUAAUUUAUGCUUUAGGUUCGGUACAUGAAGAGUUCGACGUUUGACACGAAAUCUCUCCACAGUCGAAAUUCCCGUGAGGGUCGACCCAGGUUAGAUAUGUCGGACUUAACUGAUUCAAACGUCAAUCUUUUCAUGAAGUUAAUUGAAAGGAAAAGGUUAGGUCUAUGAAAAGUUCGACGUUUUAACUGGGUUUAAGAGACUGCUUGCAGUCUGAAACUGUUAAUUACGACCUUUGUUAAUCAAAGUUGUUUACGUUUAAAUUUAGACCUACACCUUCAUUUAUGACUUAAGAAAUGGAACCUCCAAUACAGGAAGGUAAGCAGCUAAUUUAAGAGCGCAUGUUAAAAGAAAAGCACUCACUUAAUCAGAAGGAGGAGGCAGCGUGGAAGAGCGGCCCGGGUUAAGAUCCCGCUCUAUCCAGCUGAAAUGAAAACGGUUGUCCUAAAUGCAGCACCUCGGUACCGUGGUUUGCCUCCGGCCAGUUGGGAUUCUUAUAGUUGUGUUGUUUUAAUUAACAGUUUUUGUUUGGGUCCAUAGUUGUAGGCCAUAAUGUCAGCUACUUGGUCAACAGUAUAACUGUAUCACAAGCUAAUUUUUUCACAUUUCUUGGGGAAAUUGAACUCGGAAUAUUAAUUGCUAAUUCUAGUAAUAAUUGCAAAUCCGAAAGGGAUAAGUGAUAAGGCAAGUGGGGAGUGGCGGGGGGUGGGGGGAGAGUGAGAGGGUAAAAGGGUGAAAGGAGCGGCAAGUAUAAUAGUUGCUAUUGAGUGUUUCUGUCUGUAAAUCCAUCGAAAAAAUUCACACCAAGCUUGUCAUUUCAAUUUACAGUGCAUACAAGUCUACUGUAGUGUCUGUGACGAUGUUUCCAAGAGUUAGAGAACUGACUUGUGAGAAUGAUUUACAGGUAAUAACAGCCAACUCCCUCUUAACUCACCUUACUCGGGAAUUUUUUUUCCUGCACCUUGUGCCUUGCUGUCGUUGUUAUUAUUAAUACUGCGGCUAAGAAGAAGAAGAAGAGUAAGUGUACUUUUUGUGGCCAUACUUAGUUAAGAAAAAAAACCCGACCAAAGUAGUCACUUUUCUAAAGGGCAGGAGCAUAUCUCUCCUUUGAAUUUUUCUGUGAAAGAGACAAUCAGCUGGUGUGCGAGAACAAACUUGUUGCUAAACUUAAAGAAGGUUAAAUAUCACAGAAAAUGUUCCCUAUUCAUUGUGACCUAAACUGUGCUGGAUGAUAAGGAAGUCAUUGCCUUUGUCUUCUGUUUAAACAGGUGCUGCACGUUAAUGUUGGCUGUCCACCAUCCAAGACCAUCGUCAUAAGGAACUGCACAGUGCCCUCUGGUGAAGGACCAGUACCUUAUCUGCCUCAGGUAAAUCCUGUCAUGCGUAAUAACAACUUUGUUAAAGUCGCAAAGUUUCCAGCUUAACACAGGUGCUCGGCUCAGUAAUCGAGGAUACUAUGCUCUGUACUUGUGCACAUGAUUAGAAAAUUAUAUUCCAUCCCUUCCCAUUUAUAUCACCUAAUAGUAAACAGUCAACUCUCGAUAACUCGAACCUUCUAGGGAAAUCGAAAAAAGUUCAAGUUAUCGGGAGUUCGAAGCUGAUAACCGAAAAAAGGAAGUAAGCAAAUGGGUGGGAAGGAAUCCAAGUAUCAUGCACACUUCACUUCAAGGACAGCGAGGGAUAAAUUGAUACUUUGAAAAAGGAAUUGAAGCAACAAAGCUUGAAGAAUAUUCAUGAUCAGGGCUUGACAUUACAUUUGAAGUGGACUGACAAAGAAGUAGAGACAAACAAUACACGGUUGUGUUGAAAUAAAUUUCAACACUGACUGCAGAACAUUUCUAAUUAUCGAGGUUAAAAUUAUAUAGAAAUGAUCUGAAGGAAAACAAAACUUACUGCGAGUUAACGGGAGGUUCGAGUUAUCGAGGUAAAAUGACAGUAAAUGUAUGAAAGAAAUCCAGGGGAAAUUGAUUUUUGUUCGAGUUAGCGAGGGUAGGAGUUGACGGGAGUCAACUGUAAGUAACUUCAAAGCAAAGCUCAAAGUAAGGGAAUGAGAUUUUUGCCAUUAGUCUCGUUGCUGAUAUCCGAGUCCAUUGUUCAAUGAGUAGUAACUGCCCUAAUCCCUGUGUAAAUCAGUGCGAGGCCCUGAAACAUUGUUCGUAGCCUAUUCUAUUCUAUUUCCAUAUGUAUGGUCUUCCCUUCUACUUUACGUGUUACCUUCCGGUUUUCAUGUUUGGUACUCCUUUUUCAAACGUCGGCGAAGGUUUUCUUUGAAAUCGUUAUUGGGCAACGUUAGAAAAACGAAGCAAUAUGUUCCAGCUGUAGCUAUCGUUGCACCAUCAAAGUUGCUCUUGCGGUGUACGAUAAAAAUCUCUGGCACUCAAGCAUGUAGAGGUUCGCGAUAAUCCGGCAGUCUAUAGAGGCUAAAGUUAGGUGUUACUAGAAAACUUGUAGAAAAUUAGCGUGAUUCAGUGUUGUUCUGUUACACAUUGUUCUUCAGGUGCAAGGUUCAAGCGAGCCGCUUGCAUGUCAUUUGACUGCAGUCGUGUCAGAGAGUUUCAAGUUGGUACUGGACAUGUAAGUGUUUGUAGUGGUCUGUCCGUUAAAACGGACGUAGGAUAAUUAAAGUGUGCCAUUAGUCAAUUCACGCUGCAGUUUGAAGCAGAUUGUAGCUACGCAUAUGCAUUAUUGAUCAAGUUUUUUCUCCCAAGAUGGCUGGAUAUUGGCCAAGUCAGUUUUUUUUGCCUCAGUUUUUAUGGACCAAGAUCAACAAAGCAGAAACUGAAUCCAGAGCGGCCAGGAUUCGCUUGAUCUUUCGUGCUCGCAAAGCCAGCCAUAUAAUGACACGUGUUAAUGCUUAUUAAGGUAUCUCUCUUCCUUCUAUAUUUUUAAAAGCGUUUAUUUUAAGGUCAGUGCAAGGAAAAAUUGAACACGAGAAGAGAAGUUUUGGCGGUUUAUGUUAGAAUAAGAGUCCCAAAUACAAAAUUAUAUUGGUGUCAUUCGCGGUUAAAGAGAGUGAUUAGCGGACUAGACCCUCUUUUAGAUUCUUUUACCUGUACACUGUAUUUGUUUUUCCUUCGUCGUCACCGAAAGGCCACCAGAAAUAGCCGCUGUGUUUUGGUUUAUGAGGUGUCAAAUGCCAUUCAAAUGAACAGUGUAGAUGUUAAGAAUACUCCCAGAGACUUUGAAGAUAUACGUUUGCAUUAAUUUCUCUAUCAAAGUGGUCCAAUUGAUCAUAGAUUGCAACUCAAAUUUGAAGAAAUCAGAUGAGUGAAUCAAGCUCGAUACAAACAAAACGAAAUAGAAAACAAUACUGUACACUGAAACCAAUCAAAUAAGUUCGUCAAGUCACGUUUUUUAAUGUAAAAGUCGAAAAAGCUGUGGGUGGAAAUUCGAGGCAAUCUUUCGCAUUUCCGAUGUCUGGCAUGUUGGGUGGUGGAAUUCGAUUACAAGUGUACGGCAUGUCCGUUUAAUACAGGUUGGUAGCAAUAGAAAUGACUAUUUCAGGUACUUUUUAGGUGUCCGCGUCCGCUUGAUAAGGGUUUCAUUUAAAGGAAAUAAGGGAAAUAACUUUUGGGCCUUCGGCUACUGUCCGCUUAAUAGAGGGUGUCCGCUUAAUACAGCUUUCACUGUAAACGCAUAUUCAGGGCAAUGAAGAUUUCGAUAGCACCGAAUUGCUUUCAACACUGGCUCAGCUUUCUGAAACUGAUCAUCCGAUCCUUCAUCUGUCAUCCAUAUGAAAUUUUAAAAACAAACUGCAUUUAAUUGUUCCCCAUUUUAUUCGUAAAAUAAGGCAAUCGUUACAUCGUAAAUUAACCUUCAUGUUACUGGCACUUAAUGUCCCGUUAUGGAUUUUCUUUCUUCCGAGCUGAGAAAGCUUAAGCAACUAAACAACUAAAAUUUUUAUGCUCCGGGGAAAGUUCCGGGUUCUUUACUACUGAACCAAGAUGUAGCCCAUGGCCUUGAUGUGCUAGUCUCCGUUGUCUGGGGAAUAUGUAGCCUCAUUUCCACACGUGUUUGUGUCGUCAUGAUGUCCUCCUGUACCAAAUCCGAUUCUGGAAUCACAAUAGACACAACUGUUCGGCAAACUACUCGUGAUACCAAUUCUUGCUCUGGAGUGUGGUGUAUGGCCGCAGAUUGCGUUGAACCCUUCCUUGUUACAGUUGGUAUUUAAGGAGGCCUGUGGACCAAUCAGCUUCUUCCAGGUGUUACGACCGAGUGAGGUUGCGCGGUAUUGGCCGUCAGCGACCAGAGAGUACAACGAACUGGCGUACUUGUUGAUAGUAACGAACCGUAAUUGGUGGCCGAUCUUCAUACCCAGGCAGAUCUUGGAGAAGUCUGUGUUCCAGUAGGUUGGCAACUUGGUCUCUUGUGAAUCAAACCCAGUCCUUCCUCCGGCAAAGUUGUAUGUAUUUUUGUUGCUCCAGAAGUGAGAAUCAUAAUGAAAAGUUCUCUGAAAACGGAAAUCAGAAAAUUAAUAUCCAUAUCACAAACAUGGAAUGAAAAGGUACUAUUGAAGGACACUGUACCUGACAAUAAAGUUUUGUGAGACUGUACACUGAUUGUCUUCAGCUUCGACUCCACUCUCUUGAGGGCGUCCCCGCACGUCGCAGUAAGCUUUUCCAGCUUUGUUUCCAAGUUCUGUUGGAGCAGUUUUUCCAGCUUUGUUUCCAGCUUGUUAGCGAUGAGUUUUUCCAGCUUCGUUUCCAUCUUCUUGAGGGCGUUGUCGCAGACUCCAGUCACAAUCGACGAGGGCUGUUUGCAGUCUGUUGGAAGAGGUGUUUGGUUAUUGUGUAAGUUUGACGGUUUGGCGCCUUUCGCGGCAUAUGAUAUUAUAACAGAAAGUGCGAGGAAAACCAACGAGCGCAUGUUGAACCCGUUAAGCGUCUUCAAUGAAUACUUUGACUUAAGUGUCUUUGAGGAUUCGAUGGUACUGGAUUAUUGGUAACCAAAUUUUUUUUCAUUUCCAUUCAUAUCAGCUCUGAAGUUAUUGUUAGUGAAACGAGAAAAUUAUCUUGCUGGAGCUUCGUGACUAAUUUACUAAUUAUUCGUAAACUCGUCUGAUGUCUGUGUACACAUUCCUAGGUCACAGCACUUAACAAAUGUAAAGUUACCGACCUUUGGCAGCUUGUGUCAGUUUUUCAAAGGUUUGAAAGCGCUAUCUUCCCUAUAAAUCACUAUCCAGCGGAUAAGUAGUAGGGAAUCCAAUUGCGCUAUCCAGUGGGUAGAGAUUUAUCCAGUGGAUAGCGUUAUCCUUUUGAACAACUGAGGCCUGCUCGAUAACAGUUGUUCACGUGUGUGAAGUGAAUGUAGGUAAAUAUUUGGUCGAAUUUGACGUAAAAUGUUCAUUAUAAACGAUCACUCAGUUUGAAGGUAACUGUCGUUUCAGUGAGGCUUUGAUUAUAAUACUAAACUUAUCGCGGUGUAAAGUUUUCGGCUAGACUACCAACUGAGUUCCUUUAUUUUGUCAAACUAACACGCGAAAAGGGAAAGAUCGCCGCGAGAGUGGGAAAAGCAGAUGGACUCACACCGAGCUUCUCCACGCGCGUUAUGCUACUCGCACGUGGAAGUUUUCAGCAUUUAUGGGUGUUUCCCUCGCUCAACAACUACUCUCCGAGAGAAAAACUGAAAACUGCUUGAAGCUUGCAUUCGGAUGUUUUUAACAUCUUUGCCACUUGAGAAACAGUAGAAAAUAUAAGAGAAGUGAUAUAUUGAAAUUACUGAGGAAAGAGUGCCAGAAAAAUUAAUACCAUUGUCACUACGCUACCACUUCCUUGUUGACCAAAAUAAAACUUAAGAGACUGAACAGACCAGGAACAUCAUGAAAAAGUCGUCUCGCUAUAGGUAUUCUAAUUCUAAUUCUACUAAAUUCCAGAAAAAUCGAGAAAUUAAUGACCCUCGAAAAUAAAUCCUCGCGAAAUUUAAUACCCAAAGGCAUAUAGGAAAUUCAAAUAACAAUUGACAUGUAAUAACAACGAUAUGUAUCGACAAACACAAAUUGCUUUCUGGUUUUACUUGUAAGCUCCAUUUUAUAUUGUCUGUUGUGAAAUGAAGUUAGUUUGCAAAGAUUUCACACAUUGCUUGUUCCAGUUUAUCUAAUUUUCUUAAAGGUUCAUACUUUUUACCAAAAGACUGAAGGAGAUGGGAACGCUUAAAUCGCGAAAUUUAAUGCCCAUUUUUCAUGUUUACUUGUUAAAAUCUCGAAAAUAAAACCCCGCGAAAUACUGUCGCGCCAAAAACGCGAAAUUAAGUACCAAUAAGGUAGCAGACGUCGAAAGUAGUAUGGCACAGGCUUUUCAUUUGGUAGCAACCAGCGUGCAUACGCCUCCUAUUUCUGCAACAAAGAAAAAAGGGGCAUUUACUUCGUGCACCGGAGAAAACAUAGAGGUCUUUCGUUUUACGUCGUUUGUGUCCGGUAUACGAAGUAAAAGCGGAAUUAGGAGAGAUUUGCAUGCAGGCUAGUUAUUUGACCAACUUUGAGAACUGGAAUUAGCUGUCGAAGCACCGAAAAUUCUGACUUACAAAAAUUUGAAACCACAAUUUUUAAGUUGCCCUUUAAAUCGAAGAUCAAGCGUGUCGCUCUUAACCUUUUUCUUUAUGCAAAUUUACCCUGUAAUUUUCUUUUUCGAUUGUGAGAAAUGAGAAAUAAUGCAAUGUACUUCAUUAUUUACGAAACGCUUUUAAUCCUUACUUCACAUUCGCUGUCAGAACGCAGUCCAUUACUCCUUGUACAUUAAGUAUCACUUAUUCAUUUGAAUGACAGUGACAAGUUCAAUUCAGUUAGCUUUUCUUAUUCAGUUUAUUGUGAUCACGCAGCAAAAAAAUCAAUGGGUUUAUGCGCCCUUAUGAAUUUUUAUCUUCUGAACAACUAGCAAUCUACAUAGAGACGAGACUUCUCUUAAUAUAUAAUGGGCAGCGCUUGUGACAAGUUCAGUGCUUUAUUAGCUUUUAUUACUGAACCAAGAUGUAACCCAUAGUCUUGAUGUGCUUGUCUCCAUUGUCUGGUGAAUAAGAAGCCUCAUUCCCACAUGUAUUGCUGUUAUCGGUGCUUCCGCCAGUACCAAACCCGAUCCUGGAGUCACACCAGACACAAUUGUUGUCUUCAUUACUGGUGAUACCAAUUCUUGCUUUAGAACUUCGUUUAGGGCUACAGAUAGCGUUGAACCCUUCCUUGUUACAGUUGGUCUGUAAGGAGGCCUGUGAACCAAUCAGCGUCUUCCACUUGUUACGACCGAGUGAGGUUGCGCGGUAUCGCCCGUCAGCGAUCAGAGAGUACAACGAAGUGGCGUACUUGUUGAUAGUAACGAACCGUAAUUGGUGGCCGAUCUUCAUACCCAGGCAGAUCUUGGAGAAGGCUGUGUUCCAGUAGGUUGGCAACUUGGUCUCUUGUGAAUCAAACCCAGUCCCUCCUCCUGCAAUGUUGUAUGGAUUUUUGUCGCUCCAGAAGUGAGAAUCGUAAUGAAAAGUUUUCUGAAAACGGAAAUCAGAAAAUUAAGAUCCAUAUCGAAAACAUGGAAUGACGUGCUUGUAAGACAUGUACCUUUGUGCCGUCAAUCUUCAUGGCCAGUGUCCAUCCUCCAUUUCCGCAUCCAAAGUCUCCCAUGUGACAGUAAACGGGGAUCCCUUGUGAACCAAACUUCAGCGGAUACACACGACUUGUCUUUACCCUGUUGGAGAAGAAAUCAGUUGAUAGCCAAAAAUAUGUGUCGUAAGCCUUUGUGAAUAAACGUCAAGCAUUGUAAUCUUGUCAUUCAAAUGGAGCGUGUUCACAGCAGACUAACUUGUCGGUUUUCUACUCCCUAAUUCUCUGAAGUAACUACCCUAUUAGUACUUAAUUUCGCGUUUUUUGCGAUCGUAAAAAAACCGCGAUUUUUAAUACCCAUAUAAAAAAUUUAAAGAACAAUUGACAUGUAAUAGCAACGAUAUGUAUCGACAAACACCAAUUGCUUUCUGGUUUUACUGGUAAGCUCCACCUGGUAUCUUCCGUUGUGAAAGGAUUCUGUUCCAGUUUAUCUCAGUAAUUUUCUUACAGGUUCAGACUUUUUAAAAAAAGAAAAUGAAGUUGAGACUGACGCUUAAGUCGCGAAAUUUAGUGCGCUUUUUUCAUGUUUCACUUGUUAAAAUCGCGAAAAUAAAACCCCUGCGAAAUACUGUCUCGCCAAAAUCUCGAAGACAAGUAACCGCGAAAUUAAGUACCAAGGCAUUCAAAAAUCACUAUGUCCAUUGAACUGUUUGUUUUGUUUUUGUUUUUUGUCAUUUCGCGCGCAGUUCGAUUUUUCUCACUGGAUAUAAAAGAAAAUUGCAAGUUGUGUAAUGAUUUGGAUUAUUUAAUCUUUUUGCCAUCAUGUUCUACCAUCUAGCUGUAAAUUUACUUGGUUAACUCUAUACGCCUCUAUUUUUGUAACGAUAUUUCGAUUUUUCCCAUUAACUAGAAUGGCUUUUAAUGAAAAGCUGGGAUGAAAACGUUAACCACCGACUAGUUUUAAUAUACAGCAAAAUAAGCCUUGACUGAAAUGAACCUACUUGUGUACGUCGUACAGUUCCUUGCAAGAGGAGGCAGAGGAAACGACUGCAAAAUAUAUGUAUAUAUAAAACGACGGUUAGAUUAUAAGACAAAAUUCACCGAUAUGCCAAACUUUCUUUAGAAAUACUAAGGUCAGUUUUACCUGACAAUAGAGCUUUGUUGAUCAUUGCACUGAUUGUCCCCAGCUUCGUUUCCACCUUUUUGAGGGCGUCGUCGCACCUCGUGUUCAGCGAUGUGGUCACAGUGCCAGGAGUUGUAGUCUUGUUUAUUAGCGCAGUGAGUGUUUCCAGCUUUUUUUCCAAAUUCUGUGCGAGCAGUUUUUCCACCUUGGUCUCGAGCUUCUUUAAGGCGUGGUUGCAGGUUUCGGUCUCGUUCAACGAUGUGGUUUCAAAUUCUGUAGUGGCAGUUUUGUUGAUCAGUAGACUAAUUUUUUCCAGCUUUGUUUUUAAUUUCUGUGCAAGAAGUUUAUCCAGCUUCAUUUCUAAAUUUUUCACAGCACGGGAGACUUGAGAAUCUUGAUUUGUCAGGUUACAGUUACAAACAGCCGGAGGCUUUUUGCCGUCUGUUGGAAGAGGUGAUUGGUUAUGGCUUAACUUUGAGGGUUUGGCGCCAUUCGCGGCAUAUGAUAUUAUAACAGAAAGUGCGAGGAAAACCAACGAGCGCAUGUUGAACCCGUUAAGCGUCUUCAAUGAAUACUUUGAUUUAAGUGCCUGUGACGAUUCGAUGGUACUGGUUGCUGGUUACCAACUUGUUUUUCAUUUCUUCUCAUAUCAUAUCAGUACCGCAGUAUUGUUAGUGAAACGAGAAAAUUAUCUUGCUGGAGCUUCGUGACUAAUUCACUAAUUAUUCGUAAACUCGUCUGCUUUCUGUGUACACAUUUCUCUUCCUAAGUCACCGUACUUAAGAAAUUUAGAGUUACCUCUGACAGCUUGCCCCAGUUGUUCAAACGUUGGGAGGCGCUCUCCACCGGAUAAAUCACUAUCCAACUGGUAAGUACAAGUGUAUUAGGGAAAGAAAUUGAGCUAUCCAGUGAAUAGAGAUUUAUCCGCUGGCAUUAUCCACCUUUUGAACAACUGGGGCCUGCUUGAAUACAGUUAUUCACCGGCGCAAAGUGAAUUUAGGUAAAUAUUUGCGGACGAAUUUGGCGCUAAAAUAUUCAUCAUAAACGAUCACUCAGUCUAAAGUAACUCCUCUUUUCACUGUAAUUAGUUUGCUUUAAGUAUAUCGGUUAAAAUACUAAACCUAUCACGGCAUAAUUUUUCGAUUAGACUGCCAAUUGAGUGUUUUACUCGGUCAAACUAACACGCGAAAAAGGAAAAUGUGGGAAGUGGGAAGAACAGAGGGACUCACACCCAGCUUCUCCACGCUCGUCAUGCUACUCGCACGUGGCAGAUUUUUAGAACACACGCGUGUUUCCCUCGCUUCACUGUACUUCUCUCCUUGAGAGAAACCAGAAUACUUCUUGAAGCGUGCAUUCAGAUGUUUUCAACAUCUUUGCUAUGUGGGAAAGUCAGGAGAACUCAUAUAUUUAAACUACUAACGAAAAAGUACCAGAAUAAUUUAUACCAUUGUCAUUUCUCUACAACUUCGUUGUUGACAAAAAUAGACUGUAAAUGAGACUGGAACAUCAAAACGUCGUCUCGCCAUAGAUAUUCUAUAACUGCUGAAUUCCAGAGUUGAAUUCACGUCUUAGAUCAGUAAAUGUAAAUCCGGCUGCUUUUGGGAUUGGUGUAAGAUUUUGUCCGAAAAAUUUAAUAUGUCAACUGUCUACUGUUGAUCUUUGAGCUCUGAUUUCGAUCAAAAGCACACAUUUCCUUUCGGCUUAGUAAAUAUUGGUCUAAAAUAUUUUCUGAUAAUUGUUGGGAGUUUCAUCUUCAACUGGACAAUUGCCUGCCCGUGUUUAUUCUCCUUUUCAACUGUUUAAGACAAUUAUUUUUGUUUCUCUUUAGUAAUUAGGGAGUUUAAGCAGCAACGUUUUUGAGCGACGCACUUCAGCCACAAGUGAGCCUUUUUCUUUUUAAAAAAUAUGCCUUGAUGCUACCAAAUUUUUAAUUACUAAGUGCCUUUGUUCUUAUAGAUUCGCUUUGCUCGAAAAUUUGUGCAAAACCACGUCCUUAGAAUGCAAAACUUCCACUUUUGGUUGACGUGACUCGCUCAAAAACGUCUCUGCUAAAGCUUCCUAUUAUUUUAGCCUUAUUACCUAGACUAUGUUUACAGCUCGCGCUGUCUACGUAAAAAAACCGAAAGAAGCUUCGCCUCAGUCCUCUCGGGAUGAGUUUUCUAUCGCACACAUGUGUCUUGAUCGCUCUACUUUCCACGAGGAAAAUAAGGGACUAGUUAAAGGCCGCUCUUUAUAAAGUGGAACCUCACCUUACGAUUAACCGGAACUGGAGCCCGUUUCUCAAAAGUCCCGAUAACUUUUCGGGCCCGAAAUCAAAUAUUCAAAUCGAAAUAAAAAGAAUUAAAGCGCGGGUCCUGGCUAGCAAAAUACUCCAUUUUGUUUCAGUAACUGGUAGUUUUAUCAUGUUAGAUGUAAAACUAUUGAAACUUCUAUCUUGCAUGUAAACAACAACAGCUUUACGGGCCCGUUAAUUAUCGGGACUUUCGAGAAACGGGCCCCUCGACCCGAAAUGCGUCCCGCAAUUGUUUCUGGGAUCGUUACUAGGGACGCGCCCGUCAGCCAUUGGUCAAUUUUUUCCCUGUCCCAAGUAACAGUCACAGAAGUCUCGGCCCAGUUCCUUUCUCGUUUUUUGAGUAUUGAAUUUAUAAACUAAUUGCGGGCCUGUAACGUGAGUCAGGAUAAGGAAAUGUGUGGGAGCCAAAAUUUGUGACGCUCACGGUGCUUCAGAGUCCGCCGGAAGUGGUCGAUGGCUACAAAGCCUAAAAUCUCGCGGCAGUAAGGUUACGUUCGCAAACUCGUGUACAGGGUUAUUCUCUUAAGACAUCAUCAAGGUGUUCCGUGUCCUUGUUCACUUAUCUCCAAUUAGAGGAAGGCUGGAACGUAAACUAAGAGAAUUCGCUCAACUACCCAGAAACGUGCGCGUUUUUCUUCAGUUUAUCUAAAAAUUUACGAAGUGAAGUAUUUUGUGUAUUAGUGUUCAGCAAAAUCGAUUUCAGGCAUCUUUGCAGUCACAGAAAGUUAGCUGGUUUGGCUCAACUCGUACAUGAGUCUAGCUUAGCUAUACUGAUAGAUUACACGUAGUCCUGUAUCUCAGGGCUAGGAGCGCGAGCGUGCGCGAAAAUCACCGCCCGCGAGGAAAGACGACACGCGGAAGGAAGAGAGGAAAUAACAAAGGCUCGCUUAUUUGGUGUUUCUUGCUGAUGAGAAAACUAUUGAUGGUUGGCUUUUUUGUUGUUCCGUGUCUUUCCAACGCGUUCACAGAUUUUUUUCAUCUGCUUUUUUGCUUCUUCAUCUACGAAAGGUCACCAGAAAUAUCCACCAUUUAUUUGAUUUCGCUGAUGAGGAUUGUGCAAAUGUAAUUUCGACGCGAAAAUAACUGGAAUAUUUUAAAGAAUACUCAGAAUCUGUUAUUAUAAGGAUCCGAUUUAGUGCAUCAUAAAAGACGUCUCUCUUAUUCAUAUCAAAUUACCGAAAAUUAAAACAACCAUGUAUUGAAUUGUUCCCCACUUUAUUUAGAAUAUAAGGCAAUCUUUCCAAGACCAUCUAACCGAUAUUAGUGACACCUUCAGAGAGAAAACUUGAGUUAAACUACUAACCGACUAAAAAUUUUAACGUUCAUUGAAAGUUCCGGGUUACUACUACUGAACCAAGAUGUAGCCCAUGGUCUUGAUGUGCCUGUGUCCGUUGUCUGGUGAGUAUGUAGCCUCAUUUCCACACGUGUUUGUGUUGUCAUGAAGUCCUCCUGUACCAAAACCGAUUCUGGAGUCACACCAGACACAAUCGUUCGCUUCAUUGUUUGUGAUACCAAUUCUUGCCUUGGAAUGUGGUUUAUCGCUGCAGAUAGCGUUGAACCCUUCCUUGUUACAGUAUUUUUGUAAGGAUGCCUGUGGACCAAUCAGCGACUUCCACGUGAUUCGACCCAGUGAGGUGGCGCGGUAUUGGCCGUCAGCAAUCAGCGAGUACAGCGAAAUGGCGUGCCUGUAGAUGGUAAUGAAUCUUAUCUUGUGGCCGAUCUUCAUACCGAGGCAGAUCUUGGAGAAGGGUGUGUUCCAGUAGGUUGGCAACUUGGUCUCUUGUGAAUCAAACCCAGUCUUUCCUCCUGCAAUGUUGUGUGGGUUUCUGUCGCUCCAGAAGUGAGAAUCGUAAUGAAAAGUUCUCUGAAAACGGAAAUUAGAAAAUUAAUAUCCAUAUCACAAACAUAGGGUGACGCGUAAGACAUGUACCUUAGUGCCGUCAAUCUUCAUGGCCAGCGUCCAUCCUCCAUCUCCGCAUCCAAAGUCUCCCAUGUGACAGUAAACGGGGAUCUUUUGUGAACCAAACUUCAGCGAAUACACACGACUUGUCUUUAACCUGUUGGAGAAGAAAUCAGUUGAUGGCCAAAUAUAUGAGUUCUUGAUCUUUGUGAAUAAACGUGAAACAAUGUAAUUCUGUCAUUCAAAUGGAACGAACAGACUUAAAGUUGUUUUUCUACUCCCGAAUGCUGUCAAGUAAUUGAAAGUACCUUUAUAAAUCGUGAAAACAAGGCAUUCAAGUGCAUCGAGUCGUGGCGAAUUGUAGAAUAAAGGCAAACCGAAAACAAACAACAUUUGAAUCGAAAAUCGAUUGGCUGUUCGUUUAGUGUGCGACUCUAAUAAUCUGACAACGUCCAUUGAAGUGUUUUUCUUUUUUUUUGCCUUUUGUUUUUUAGUUGCACGCACAGUUUGAUUUUUCUCACUAGAUGUAAUAAUUGUGUAAUGAUUUAGAUUAUUUAAUCUUUUUUUCAUCAUGUUCUGGUCUCUAUUUGUAAAUUUUACAUUGUUCGUCUCCAUUUUUUGUUACGAUGUUUCAAUUUUUCGCAUUAAAACUACUUACUCGAAUGUCUUUUAAAUGAAAAGCUGAAAUGAAAACUUGAAUCACACUAAUUUUAACAUGUAGCAAAAUAAGCCUUGUCUGGAAUGAUUACUUACUUGUGCAAAUCAAACAGUUCCUUGCAAGAGGAGGCAGAGAAAAUGGCUGCAAAAAAAUAAAAACAUGUAAAUAUAAAAAGCGCCAGUUAGAUUGUUAGACAAAAUUCACCUAUAUGCCAAACUUUCUUUAGAAAUACUUAGGUCACUCUACCUGACAAAUUACCUUUGUGGGUCAGUUCUCUGAUUUUUUCCAGCUUCGUUUCCAUUUUCUUGAGAGCAGCGUCGAAGGUACCGUUCAACAAUUGGCGAACAAUGUCUGGAUCGGCGGUCUUGUUUAUUAGUGUAGUAAGCCUUUCCAGCCGCUUUGUUUCCAAGUUCUGUUGGAGCAGUUUAUCCAGCUUUGUUUCCAGCUUGUCAACGAUGAGUUUUUCUAGCUUCGUUUCCAUCUUCUUGAGGGCAUUGUCGCAGAUUUCGGUCUCGUUCGACGAUGUCGUGGUCACAACGCCUGUAGUGGCAGAUUUGUUGAUAAGGCCAAUAAGUUUUUCCAGCUGUUUUUUCGAAUUCUUUUCGAGGUUUUCCACUUUUUUAUCCAAAUUUUGUCCAACAAGUUUAUCCAGCUUCACCUCUAAAGUUUUCAUGGCACCGGAGACUUGAGAAUCUUGAUUUACCGUCAGAUUACAGUUACAAACAGCCGGGGGCUUUUUGCAGUCUGUUGGAAGAGGUGUUUGGUUAUAGCGGCCCAUGUUUGACGGUUUGGCGCCAUUCACGCCAUAUGUUAUUACGGCCAGUGCGAGGAAAAACAGCGAGCGCAUGUUGAAUAAAGCGUCUUCAAUGACUACUUUGACUCAAGUGUCCGUGACGAGUCGAUAGUAGAAAUUACUAGUAGCCAACUUGUUUUUCAUUUCCACUCGUAUCAUAUCAGUACCGAAGUUAUUGUUAGUGAAACGCGAAAAUUAUCUUGCUGGAACUCCAUGACUAGUUCACUAAUUAAUUAUUCGUAAACUCGUCAGUUUUCUGUGUAAACAUUUCUCUUUUUAUGUCACAGCACUUAAGAAAUGUAGAGCAGCCUUUGACAGCUUGCCCAAGUUGUUAAAAUGUUGGGAAGCGCUAUCCACUAACUAUUAUAAGUACUUAGGGAAACCAAUUGCGCUGUUUAGUGGAUAGAGAUUGAGAGAGUUACAUCCAGUGGCGUUAUCCACGUCUUAAAUAACUAAGGCCUGCUUGAUAACAGUUAUUCACUGGCGCAAAGUGAAUUUAGGUAAUUAUUUGCGGACGAAUUUGACUUAAAAUAUUCAUUAUUAACGAUCACACAGUCUGAAGUAACUGGAUUUCAGUUAAAAUAAUAAACUUAUGUCAGUAUAAUUUUUCGAUUAGAUUGCCAAUUGAGUGUCCUACCCUUUCCAAACAACACGCGGAAAAGGGAAAGAUUACCAGGGGAGAGGGAAAAACAGAGGGAUUCCUACUCAUCUUAUCCACGCGCGUCAUGCGUUUUUCCUUGCUCUACUACUACUCUCCGUGAGGAAAGCAGAAGACUACUUGAAGCUUGCAUUCGGAUGUUUUUAACAUCUUAAUCCCAUGUGAAAAUGGAAGAAUAAUUGACACCAUCUUCACUUCGCUACAACUUCCUUGUUGACAAAAAUAGAACAAUAUAACUAUAUAUGAUAUUUGAACAUCGACAUGAGGUCUUCGCUGUCCGUAUUCUAUAACUGCUGAAUUUCAGAGUUGAAUUUACUUCAUGGAGAAGUAAAUCUUUUGAGUUGGGUGUAUGAUUUUGUUCCUACGACGACGACGGCAGUGAAAAGGUCACUAAAAAAAUGAAUUUGCGUCCUUUCAAACUUUAUCGCUUCUAUUUGGAACCGCUUAAUUCGUCAAAUGUAGGCGACUUUUGCCGGAGUUGAAUUCUUAAGGGCUUUAUCCAUGUUCAAAUAGAAAAAGGAGAAUUUGUCGUCGUAUGUCCACGUCCUCCAUAAAACGUCACAUUGGGAGGUUUCAAGUCGUAGGCGUGUAGUGGACGUCAAGGAAAUGUACUAAAAAGCGUGAUGCACUUGCAGAGCUGUUGUUUUGCUUAUAAAACCAUUUUUUUUUUUGCGUUGUCGUUGUCGUCGUCGUUGCUUAAGGUCUCUAAUGUGUCAACUGUCUUCUGUUGAUCUUUAAGCUCUAACAAUGAUCAAAAGCACAGAGUUACCUUAGGGUGAGCAAAUAUUGGCCCAAAAUAUUUUCUGACAAUUGUUUGGGAGUUUCAUCUUGGAAUGGAGAAUUACCUGUCGUGUUUAUUUUUCUUUUCAACUGUUUAAGACAAUUAUUUUCUUCCUCUUCAGCAAGCAGGGAGCUUAAACAAAGCCGUUGUUGUGCAAAGCACGUGAACCGGAAGUGAUUCCACUACCAACACGGUUUGCCCAAAAUUUGGCUAAAACACUGCCUAAGAAUGCAAAAAGUCCACUUCUAGUUGGUUAAGCUCCCUAAUAUUGUAGCCUGAUGACCUAGACAAUGUUUAUUGGCGCUGCCGUCUCUGUAAAAAACCGAAAGAAGCCCAUAGAAGGGCCGUCACGUUAAGAGCAACCCCAUUGUGACUAAUUCUGUAAGAAAUGUUUUGUCGAACACAGUCCUCUCGGGAGGAGUUUUCACGUGAUUGCGCCCGUGUGUUUUGUUCGCUCUAGUGCUCUACUUUCCCUGAGGAAAAUAAGGGACCAGUUAACUUUAGCGGAGUUGGUGCAUAAGAAACACAACUGCUCUUAAAACAAUGGGACCUCGCUCAACGACCAGUGUGCUCAUACAACCACCUCGGUAUUAAGACCACAUUCUUUCGACCCAAACGUAAAAAAAAUGGAGUCAUUUUUGUUAUUUUCAAAACGAGCACCUCUUUGUUACUCCCAGGAUAUUUCAUUGCCCAACUGUGGUGGCAUUAACGGUUCUCUACUGUCUAGCUCGCUAAUCUGCACGCGGUAUAUUUUUAUAACCAUUUUAACAGAGAUUGUUGUCGCAGCAACUUACCACUAAACUAACUGCGCGCCUAUAACGCGAGUCAGGGUAUUGAAAUGUGCGGGGGCCGAAAUUUAUGAAGCACAGAGGUACUUAGUCCGUCGGAAGCGUCGUUAGCUAUAAAGCCUAAAGCCUGGGUGCAAUAAGGCUCACAAACUCAUGUACCAGGCCAUUCUAUGAAGACAUCAUCGAGGAGUACCGUGUCCUUUUGCACGCAUCUUCAAGUGAAGUUGACUCCGCCACGGACGGAAUCGAACUUCUCGUUCGGGGUCAGAUUAGGUCUGUAACGCAGGCUAUCCCUCAUUCCUUCCAAAAAUUAACAAAGUGAAGUAUGCUGUAUGCCAGUGUUCAACAAAAACGAUUUUAGGCAUCCUUGCAAACACAGGAAAUUAGCUGGUUUGGCUAUAAUCGUGGCUGAGUCUUGCUCAGCCUACGAGUAGUCCUGUAUUUUCCUCAGGCGACCGUAGGUAAGCGCAAGCGCUCACGCAAAUCACCUCCCGCGAAAAAAGGCGACUAGCGGAAGGAAGAGAGAAAAAAGGGUUCCCUUACUGGGUGUUGGAAAGACUAUUGUUGGUUCGCUUUUGUUUUUCGGUGUGGGUAUUCUUGCAUGUCCGUUUCAACGCUUUCUCAGAUUUUUUUUGAUCUGCUUUUUUCUCCUUCUUCAUCUACGAAAGGUCACCGGAAAUAUCUACCAUUUAUUUUGUUCGUUAGAUGAGGAUAUUUUAUUAUAAAAUUGUGCAGAAGUGUUCUUAAAUUGUGCAAAAGCCUUUCCGACAGCAGGAAUGGCUGGUAGAUGGCCUUCUACGCGGGAGGUCCCGAGUUCGAUUCCUAGGUGUUAACCACAAAUCCUUCUUUCAACCUUCUUUCCUUUCCGUGUAUCUUAAAUACCGGUAAUGGAGAUUGGGGAGGGAGGGGUAAACUGAGCGCACCUUCGGCCUCAGGUUUGUUUGGCAGAUAACUAUUUCGAGCUACCGACGUAAAAUAAGGACUCUUUACCUUUUUCCCUGUAUUUGAAGAAAACUCAAUGGUUUCGAUAACACCAAAUCGCUUGCAACUCUUUAAUUAUUUGAUACUUUACAAAGCCUGCUCUGUUAGACUUUUUAUCCUCAAGGUAAUCUGUCAUCACGAGGAUCUGAUUUAGUGCACCAUAACAGAAGUUAUUCUUAUUGCCCCCGCAGGGAUUUCGCCCAGAGGCGAAAUCCCGAGGAGGCACCCUAGUAACUCGCGCGUAUAUUAAGGACAGUACUUACAGUUCAAAUAUACAGUCAGUAUACUAGAAAAAAUCUCGAUUUGCUCGAACUGGGGCCGCGAGGAAUCGGUAGGUAAUGAUGACGUUUCUAUUGUUUGCACCCGCAAGUACGAAAUGGUUAGGAUGACGUAAAGACAGAAAAUCCCGAAGGGACCGCUCAGGUAGAUUUUGUGACAAUUAUUGUGCAGUCACACUUCGAUACUCUUUUGCGUUACGCAAUGACAUUUUGUGGAGCAGUUGUUUUGAAAGUUAUGGACCAAAAGACACUCGUUAAGCGCAGAGGAGGUUAUAAGGUGCGUUUAACUGUGUAUGUAUAAACACUUGGAGAGUUUGCCAGACAAGAGUUCACAAAUCUUUGAUUUAUAUUGGAAACCUUGCCAGACACUCUUUCUCUCUCUUUGACCGGAAUGAGACUCAGCCCCAAACAAGCAAGACGAGUGAACAACGGCUAGCUUAUCACUAGCAGACUGUGAUGGACAUUUACAGAAAUUCGCCGACAAUCAAAUUCUGUGCUGACUUAUUCUCUGCUCAGAGAUGUCCUUCCGUUAUAAAGUUUCAAAUAAGACUAGAAUGCGCAAGCGUGAAUCGAUCAAACGUCUUUCUAAUUUCUAAGGUUUACUUUCCGGCAAAUAAAAUGAACUGAAUGUAAAAAGGAGAAGAGAAGUAGCGAAAAAUUCAACUUUUAAUUAAAUCUUUUCUUAUGGUUUAGAAUAAACUAUUUUCGAAACUGAGAAUGUUUUGAUGAAAGCUGUGUAAAUCGAGCUGGAACUGUGCAUGGAAUUCGAACCUUGCGUUUCCUGUAUUUAUCAUACCUAUUGUAUGGAAUAUCUGUGAAAAUCUUCAUUAUGAAUGGGUAUAUUUCAAAGAGCUACACAACCAGCAAGAAUACUAUUGACCGACAAUAUACAGAACAGGGGCAGCUGUAGUGUCUACUAUUACUAGUUCAUAUCAAACUAAAACGACCAUCAAUUUAAUUGUUCCCCACUUUAUUUAGAAUACAAGGCAAUCUUUAUAAAAUCAUCUAACCUGAGUGGCACCUAUGUCCCGCCGUGGAUUUUUGUUUCUUUUGAGAGAAAACUUGAGCUAAACAAACCGACUAAAAUCUUAAUGCUCAUGGGAAAGUUCCGCGUUCUUUACUACUGAACCAAGAUGUAGCCCAUGGUUUUGAUGUGCUUGUUUCCGUUGUCUGGGGAAAAUUUGGCCUCAUUUCCACACGUGUUGGUGUCGUCAGAAUGUCCUCCUGUACCAAAUCCGAUUCUGGAGUCACACAAGACACAAUCGUUCAGUUCAUUGCUUGUGAUACCAAUUCUUGCUUUCGAUUGUAGUUUAUCGCUGCAGAUAGCAUUGAACCCUUCCUUGUUACAAUAUUUUUGUAAGGAGGCCUGUGGACCAAUCAGUGACUUCCACGUGAUUCGACCCAGUGAGGUGGCGCGGUAUUGGCCGUCAGCGAUCAGCGAGUGUAGCGAGUUGGCGUGCUUGUAGAUGGUAAAGAAUCUUAUCUUGUGGCCGAUCUUCAUACCAAGGCAGAUCUUGGAGAAGGGUGUUUUCCAGUAGCUCGGCAGCUUAGUCUCUUGUGAAUCAAACCCAGUUCUUGCUCCUGCAAUGUUGUAUGGAUUUUUGUCGCUCCAGAGAUGAGAAUCGUAGUGGAAAGUUUUCUGCAAACGAGAAUCGUAAAAUAAAUAUUCAUAUCACAGUUAGGUAAUAAGCUGAAAAACUUGUACCUUAGUGCCGUCAAUCUUCAUGGCCAUCGUCCAUCGUCCAUCUCCGCAUCCAAAGUCUCCCAUGUGACAGUAAACAGAAAACUUGUGUGAAUCAAACUUCAGCGUAUACACUCGGCUGGUAGUUAACCUGAUGGAGAAACAUUUAUGGGACAAAAAUGAACAAUCCUCUUGAUCUUUGUCAAUUAAUGUCAAGCGAGAAACAUCGUCUCGUACCAAUUCAAGGUGCUCACUAAAAAAACUAGAACUAUGUGAAAAUUACAAAAAUUGCCGCAAAAUUUCCUUUCCUUUAUUUAUCUUUGAACCCGGCAAGAUAAGAGGCUUCGAGCCUAAUCAUUCAUUUUUGACCAAUUUCUGACUAUUUUUUUGUUGUUUUUGGUUUAAACCAUCUGAUUAAAAUUUUAGGAGGAUGAAGCGUCUUCCAUUCUCGCUUCGCUGAGGUGCGCGUUCUCGAAACUUUUGCUGCGUGCAAAUUACAUUUGUUUUAAAAUAUUUUGCUAUCUCUCUAUUCCCUCUCUUUUAGCCCAGCAGCCAUAUUGCGCUUUUUACUUUAUCUCCUCUCUUGGAGGUUUUUUAAAUACACACUUCGGGUGAACUGGCAAAAGAUAAAGUACUUGUAACAUGCAUGUGACGCAUCAUAUAGCCGACCGGUAAGCUUACCCGUGAUUAUCAUACAGUUCCUUGCAAGAGGAGGCGGGAAUGCCUAUAAGGAAAAAUAAUAUUUCCGGUAAGAUAGGGAAUAAAAUUCACUUUUAGCCAAAACUUAAUGCUGAAAUAUUUUAGGUCAACUCUUUACCCGGAGUGGAAGUCUUUCUGAUCAGUGCAGUUAGAUUUUCCAAGUUCUGUGCAAGCUUAUCAAGUUUCUUUUCCAACUUCUUGAUGGCAUUACAAGCUUUAGGGAGAGUUGUUUGUUCCUUCGCGACAACUAAUAGUAUGGCCAUAUGGGCGAGAAAAACCAACAACGAACGCAUUUUUUGGAAAUUAGCUCGUGUAGUUUGUUCCGGCAAGGAGUCCUAUGGCCUAAUAGAAUAAUGACACCCGCACGAGUUGGUAAUAAUAAGAUAUUAUUAACAAAAGAUAGACAAGAAAAUUAUCUCGUCCGUAUAGCCGCGUCAUGAAUUUGUGAAGUUCAUUUUUCACUUUACAAUUUAGUUAGCGUACUAAUCUGCUUUGCCUUGAAGUGUUUUCUGUUGUACACAUUUCCUUAAUCCUUAGGUUUCGCAAAUUUAAAGAACGACCUUAUAUUUGACAACUUUGCGCCAAAUAUAAAGGCAAAUUGGACGGACAAAAGGCUAUUCUAUAUAGUGUGAAAUAAAGAAUUGAAUUGAAUUGAAUCGAAUUGAAUUGAAUUGAAUAAUAAUUGAGAUGAAGUCGGCAUAAAAAUCGCUUAGACAAAAGGCGAAUGAACAGUUUGGAUUCAUUUUCUACCUGUCUUUUCUUUCCUAGUCCGCAGUCGCUUACAAAGGAAGAACCGCUCACAAUUCGAAAAUACAUUGCAUCAGAGAAAAUUCAAGAACGCUUGAAAACAAAUCUCAAUUUAAAAUUGUAGACUGAAAAAAAUCUAACAAACUUCUGGAGUCAAAACAAUCAAAUUAAUAUCGAUUAUGCAAAUUUUUUUCAAAGGUAAUGUUCCGGUUUGAUAGUUAGCAUAUUAUCAUGAGAGACGACUGGGGACGGUUCAGCCCUUAACAUCCCCUAUCAUCCGAUGGUCAGUUCAGUGUUGAUUUAGCCCGGGAAAAAGCUCUCAAUUUCGAGUGGCGCGUAAAGCGAGCCGCGAGAAAAAGCGCAAGCGAACGGCAAGUUCGCAUCUCCUUUCAGGUGCCACCGGCCUGCUUGCGUGUGACUUCUCACAAUAUCUCCAGAGAGUCCCGACUAGUUCAAUCGAUAAAAACCGAUAUCGGAAAACCGUUCGAUAAAUCGAUAACUAUUUUAUCGAUCAAUCGAUAGAAAUCGAUACUCACAACCAUCACUGCUCUUGUAAGGUAUUGAAUUUAUCGAUUUAUCGAUUUUAUCUUUUUCAUUAAGUUCCGUGUAUUGUUGACACUUGUAAAUGCAAAAUGCAGAUUCUUCCCGAGACAGCGUUUAAAAAACAAGCUGUGUUUUUGCCGAUGCGUUUAAUAAGGGGCUUACAUCGAUACAAUUAACUAAUUUUCAUCGACUUUUUCAAUUGUUAUGGAUUAUCCGUUUUAUCGAUUGAACUAGUCGGGAGAGAGCUCGAGCUUGCUUACGGACCUGCCUCGUACCCAAGCGCCUCUUGUUUCUGCGGUAGUCGCGGCGCAAGGGGUCUUCCCUUUCCCUGGUGCCGUUGCUUUACUUUCCCAUGAUUCUUGCGCUGCCACCACUGAAUUUUUUCGGGCUUUCAGUUCGUAAUUAUUUAUUUUUGUGAGUCUAUUCAAACCCCUCCUACCGAAAACCAUCGUCAACCUAUAGCUGGCGAAGCCGAGAGUUUUUAAACCUCAAUCACGAUUGCGAGUUUUUUAAACAGUACUUAAUGUUCGGUUGUGCUAGUCUGAUUUCCGUAAAUCCUUAGACUCGUCCCCAGUCGUCUCUCAUUAUUAGUAUUUGGCGUGGAAGACUAGAACGGGCUCUUUAACGAAGGGGAUGACGGGAAGGAAGAAGGGAGAGACUCUCGCCUUCCCAUCUUUCCCACCCGCAUAACCCCAGAAAAAUGAUUAAUAAUUAGAGACAACUUGAGACGCCUGGGGACGAGCCAGGUAAAUCCUCUAUGAAGCUCCCCGGGGGCUUAUUUUUUUUCAAGCACUUUUGAGAAGGGGCCUAAUAGAGAGGGGGACCUGGAGCAAGGUUUCUCGAGGACGGACUUGUGGUUCUCGGGCGUUAUACUGCUUUUUUUAACAAUAAGAAAAUGGUAACAAUUCUCUAAUGAGAACUAGAGCGUAAAGUUGAAAAAGUUAAGCACUUGAAGUUGGAGGUCAUGCGGCCGAAGACCAAAAACAAUAUGAAUGAAUUUCUAGCCUGAAUAAACCACAACUGAUCAGUCCACUUUAAUUUUUGGUGAAGAAUAAGGAUUGAGAGGAGCGGGAGGGGGAGCUUAUUCUGAAAUUUCCUCCUCCGCAAAAAGGAGGCGGGGGGGGGGCUUAUUAGAGAGGGGAGGGCUUAAUAGAGGAUUUACGGUAAUAUGCGUAGUAACUCGCCAAUAAAUUAUUUAACCUCUAGGUAUGAAAAGGACAGAUUUGUACAAGAGGUGCACACAGACUAUGUAGUGUGGGAAGAAACAGGAAGGGCAGAUUACCGUUACACAGCAACUAUGACAGAGGUGCGCGCAAGAGACGAACUUGAUGUGAUCAUUGAGAAUUGUCAGAAUUACUCAUGUGUAUUAGAAGGUUCCACUGAAUGCGAGGGGCUGGCACGAGGUUAUCGCUGUUUUAGGUCAAUUCUGUGGUGAAGUCAUUACCAAGUGUCUUUGCCCAUACACAAAAUGCUCUUGUAAAGUUAUGAAGAAGAUAUCUGAUAUCAUAUAAAUUUCAUCAGAGAGUACUAAGCAUAAUUAGUAAAAUCCAACUAGUGUUCUAUUAUCAAUGCUGCGUUCUGAUUGGUUGAGCUACUACUAAGCUAUAUGUUAUAGCCCAAUAGUAGCAAAAAGCGCCGGAUUUUUAGCGGUAAAAAAGGAUUAAACUCCUGCUUUAAGUUGUUUUGUCUCGAUAUUUUUGACCAACUAGUUGGAUUUUGCUAAAACAAUUAUUCCUCUCGCCCUCAUGGCCUCUGAGUCAAUAGCCCAUUCGGCCUUCGGCCUCAUGGGCUAUUGACUCAGAGCCCAUUCGGGCUCGAGGAAUAAUUGUUAAUAAUUUUUGGGUGAUUUUAGCCUUUCUCAAAGCCCGUUUCCGGUUACCACUGGUUAAGUGGUCUCGCGACUUACGUCGCUCGCAUUCGCUCUCUUCGCGUCCGUCCCUCGCGCCUUCGGCGCUCACGCAGUCGACUUGUGGCAAGUGUAGGGUGAUUUUUGCAGGAAUAGCAUUAAAACUUGAAAAAGUUGGCCCAACUCUUUCAAGUUUCAAUGCAUCUCCAUCCUUGCCAUCCAUAACAACAGACGACAGGAAACAGUUUCGUUGCCUAAAUAGAGUCUUAAAUAACAAAACUGCGCCAGUAUUUUUGGAAGUCCAUUGAUGCGAAGACAAAUUUAGCUUUUUAAAAAUAUAGCGAAUAGCGUGAUAUAGCCACUUCAACAAAUCCACAAGGUUGACGAUGGUUUUCGGCAGGAAGGGAAGCGAAGCAAAGUAAAAAUAAAACGGAUUAUUGGAGAACUUACUUUCCCUGAUUGCUGAGUUUGACUUGUCGUCAAAUGAAAUUAAUACGACUAACGAAAUCGGCCGGAACACAUGUCCACUCAGUUUAGAGAAAGUUGGUAAAAUCCUCCUCAUUUUGUUUAUUUUUCUUUGAUAGGCUGGUUGUUUAAAAGAAGCUCAGUCAUGGAGAAUAAUGACCACAAAUACCUCUGGAGAAACAACAAACCUCUGGACACAAAAUGUAGGUUUUUCUUUUCCUAUUUCUUUUCUUUUAUUUGUUUUUUUGAGCUAUCGUGCGCUGAUGUCUAAAUGUUAGUUCAACUGCUUAAAACUGAUGCCAAUUCACUUGUUAAAUAGGAGAUAAAGUAAAAUCACUCCAAAAACAAAAUCCUUUUUCUCCUUUGUAACAUCUUUCGUGUAUAGGCAGACAUGUAUACAAAAGAAUUAAAUUAUGACCUAAAUUGAUUGCAGUAGUAGUGAGGUGAGUAAAUUGACUGUGUCUGUCCCGCCAAGAUCAAAGCACUAGCUGCCAGUGCGCUUUUGUGAAACUUGAAUUAAGGAAAAGUAAAGAUUUAUUGUUGUUGUAGUUGUUGUUGUGUCAAUUGAACAAACAUGACACCCUCUCUUAUUCUUAAGAAUUAUCAAAGCUGUUUCGAGCCAGACCCAAGUGAUAAGAGCUUUGAUGGAAGCCAGCCGUACGAGAUUCUAAACUCAUCCGGGAUAUCCCAGUUGGUGUUUCUUGGUUCUGGAUUGUUUCGAUUCCAACUCAGAGUUGUUGGUGCUCAUUUGAGGUCAGUGAUAAUUCUAGCUAGAAAAAAAGGCUUGUACAAGUUUAAGGGAUUUUAGAGCUUGUUCCAGCCUCUUAGUUCCGGACGAGCGCAAAUUAAAGCAAGCGAGCGCGCGAGGAAAUCUCUGCGAAGAAUGUGGAAAGACAUAGCCUGCGUUGUAGCUUGCGGGAUUUAUCGCGCGCGACGGCUUCAUUCCUUAGGCGCUUUUGAUUAGGCUAAAAAGCCGUGAUAACCAUGGGGACGAUUUAAGUGCUGUCCCUCUCCAAAAUCCCUCCUAGCACUAACAACCCACCUGCAGGCUUGGAGAGAAGCUGUUCGCUAACUAAAACGUGGAGCAGCCUAGAGGUUUACCUGCCUUUUAGUUGUCCCAAGUGUCGCUUGGGAUUGAGCCCAUGGCCUUACCAACCAGGGACGGCGAGGCUGCCUUUAAGCCAUUAAGCCCAGACUUAACAAGGAAUUUGGUUCAAAAUGAGCUUAUGUAAUGGCAUUUUAACAGGGUGUCAAGUUGCACCUACACUACAAGAACCAAUGUCUGUCGAGCUAACGGGCAUGCAAAAUUGGCACACAAUUCACUAGGAAAAUAAUGUCGCUAGCACCUUCUUGGUUUUUCCAGCAGAUACAUCUUGGGAUUCCCGUUUGUUUACUCUCAUUACCUGCUGGGAUCAUAUACGUUCCAAACCCAUUAUUCUGGAGUAUCUGCUCUCAGAUAAUAGCUAGUAAACAGUUUUCUCCUUUUUUGAUUUCUUUUUUGUUUUUGUUUUUUUAAUUCUGGAGACUAACUUUGUAGACCUGAUCACCACUUAACAAAUACUAAGUACCUUGAAAAAUGCCUUAAAAUGCCCUUUUCACAAUUUGGGCUUAAAAGGAAAAAAUAGGUGGCUACGCCCUUACCAACUGAGCUAAAACCUCAGGCGGCGGUACCUACAGCAUAGCUGUGCGUUCUUUAUCGUUACCGAUAAGUGCCUUUUUUCUCUGAUGUCCUUCUUUUCUUGUCAUUUAUAUCCUUGCAGUUUUUGUGAACUUAGCACGCGGUUUUCCGUUGAAGUAACAAGCACUGAUGAAGCGAAGGAAUUCUUGCCGCAGCUUGUGUCUGUUUUAGUGGUGACUCUUAGUAGCACUGUUCUACUGUACAUCAGCUUUGCUCAUUAUACUAAAAAGACACUGCAUCGACAUCAGGAAGAUGAGGAAGAACAACAAAGGUUGCAGGAACUCAAGUAAGAACAAAGUUUGAACCAUAUUUUUCCUUAGCCUGCUGUGCCAAGCAUUCAGAUAAUAUAGAGGCCGAGAAAACAAGCCAUAGAAACAUAAGACGUACGCGAUCUCCUCCCUCCCCAACCCCCGGGAACGUCAGUUUUCGCAUGAGGUUUCACAAUCCCUGCACAUUACUAUCGUGGAGCCUGGAACAGGCGAAUUUUUCUUCGACUAAAUGAUGUGCUUCAACUUUCUUUCAUCAGUUUUAAGAUAUUUCCUCAAGUGCCAGUCUUCGCUCGACUUCGCAGUGAGGGAUUUCUACUCUCGUACAGCACGCUGCUGUGACAUCUUAGACACUUUCUCUAUUUUCCUUGCACGCAAAAGGAAAAAAUCCUUCUUUAUGGGACAUGGAGAGGCGUGAAUUCGAAUUCCAGUUAUAUUCUGGAAGCUCCCUGUUACAAGAAGCUUUCCUUUCAGGCGGGGUCUGUGGGUUUGGGGAGUGGGAAAGGCUGCGGACGAGAGGCAUGUCGACAGGUCCUAAAGGUGAUGUUACACGGGACGAUUUGCGACGACGAUUUUUAGCGCAACACAGCGCUAGCGUUGCAAUGUUGGAACUGUGUUGCAACAAUUCGAAUUAACAUCGCAACAAUGUUGCAACGCUGUGUUGCGCUAAAAAUCGUCGUUCAGAAUCGUCUCGUGUAACAUUACCUUAAGGUGAUAAAUCUAUUAAAUACAUAUACUCAAUUUUACUUGUGUUGUGUCGCCACCUCACACAGUACCUCCUAGUUCACACUUAGAAUCGCCAGUUUCGCUUGGCAAAUUCCUAGUUUUGAAUAGAUUAAGUUCACCGCUCACUAUGCCCGUUACCCUCUUACACAUGUCUUGUGUUGCAGGAGCCUAUUUUCCUCCUAUCAGCAAGGAGCAGAUGAUGAAGGCCAGGCUCAUCGACGCUCCACAGGUCACAAUGUUCGCCGCUUUACAGGAACAGCAAUGCUCAUGACCAAUCGGCUGCCAGAGGAAUGCCUGGUAGAGGAAUCCCUCCAAGCGGCAGACAUAGUCAUGAACAGCUUACAUACACAACCACCUCCACCGAGUGACCUCGACUGAUCUACCACCUCCCCCUUCCCUUUAUCCCUACCCCACCCCCUCUUACCGUUGUCGCAUCUUACUGUUUUGAACACAGGUUACGUUUCGAUAAGCCAUAAUGUAGCUGCGGCGAAGUUUAAAACUGCCACAAAUUUAGCUUUUCUAACCAGUGUCAUUUGCCAAAAAAAAAACCUAAAUCGUUAAUGCUGUUUGUGUAUCACUUUUAAUCAACUUAGGAGAUCUUCAUGCAUUGUAACUUCAUAUAUUA